CCUGUUCCUAAAGCACUCGACUCGAUUCCCUCACGAGAUUCCUCUCUCCCACUCUCGCUCUCUCUCUCUCUCUCUCUCUCUCUCUCUCGCGCGUGCUAUGCCAUGUUCUCCAAAUUCAUUCACAGAAGAAUCCCUCUCAAAAGCUUGCCCACAUUUUCUCUCACCAAUUCCUCACAAGUUCGAACCUUUGCCCAAGGAGUCCAAGUCGUCGACGAUGACGAACCCAGAGAUACGCUCUGCUCUCGAGUUGAGAGUCUCCGCAGGUGCGAAUCCGUCGUCGCAGCGUUUCAGAGCUGGAUGGGCGAGGGAUUCUCAAUCCAUCGCGGGGAUGUUUUCCAUGCCAUCAACCGACUGAGGAAGCUCAAGAAGAAUAAGAGAGCGCUCGAGGUUAUGGAGUGGGUGAUCAGAGAGAGACCGUAUAAAGUGAAAGAGCUAGACUAUUCUUUUCUUCUGGAAUUCACAACUAAACUUCAUGGUGUAUCACAUGGUGAAAGCCUCUUUCUUCGUGUCCCUCAUGAGCAUCAGAAUGAAUUGCUCUACAACAACCUAGUAAUUUCAUGCCUGGAUCAGGGUAAAAUCAGGCUUUCUCUUGAUUACAUGAGAAAGAUGAGAGAACUGUCCUUCCCUAUUUCUUAUCAUGUAUAUAACCGUUUGAUUGAACUCCAUUCUUCUUCUGGUCGCAAGAAAUCUAUCCCUAAAAUCCUCACACAAAUGAAGGCUGAUGGUGUUUGUCCACAUGUAUCCACUUAUAACAUUCUUUUGGAUAUCGAAGCUAGUGACCAUAACAUUGAAGGUUUAUCUAAAGUGUUCAAUGAUAUGAAGCGAUUGAAAAUUGAACCAAAUGAAAUCACCUAUGGAAUUCUAGCAAAAGCACAUGCUGUGGCAAGACUUUACACGGUAUCUGAGAUGUACACAGAGGCACUUGAAAGGUCGAAGACUGGCAAAAAUUGGUCUACAUUUGAUGUUCUUAUUAUAUUGUAUGGUUACUUGGGGAAGGAAAAAGAAUUGGAGAGGACGUGGAAGUCAGUUGAGGAACUUCCUCAUAUUAGAUCCAAAAGCUUUGUGUUAGCAGUCGAAGCAUUCGGAAGGAUAGGUUCCAUACAUAGAGCUGAAGAAAUUUGGGCAGAGAUGAAAUCGAAGGAAGAAAUAAAAUUACCACAGCAUUUCAAUGCAAUUAUAUCAGUGUAUAGUAGGCAUGGACUUGUGGACAAAGCAUCUGAGAUGUUCAAAGAAAUGGAAGCAAAUGGAUGCAAGCCAAAUUCUAUAACUUACCGUCACCUUGCGUUGUGUUGUUUAAAAGCAGGUUUAGUAACUGAAGCAUUGAAGACUAUUGAGAUGGGAGAGAAUGAAGGUUUGAGCUUUCAAGUAAGAAGAUCUGUACCAUGGUCUGAAACUACUCAUAUGCUACUGGAAUGUUUCGCUGAUGUCGGUGAUUUAGAGAAUGCCAAGAAAUUAUUUCAGGAAUUUAAAGAGACGAAGUAUAGUAGAUAUACCUUUGUAUACAAUAGCUUUCUAAGGGCUCAUGUGAAGGCAAAUGUUUAUGAUCCUGAUUUAUUGAGGAAAAUGAUUCUAAGAGGAGCAACGCCUGAUGCCGAGACAUACAGUCUUGUGAGACUAAUUGAACAGUUCAAGAAAUGAUUUCCUUGUUGCAUCA